AUGGACCGAAGGGGGCCAUUACAAGCGCACCUCGCACCCGCGCCUUCCGCAACCUCUCCGCGUGCCCCCCUCGUGCUGCUCCUCGCCUACACCGUCGCCUUCGCGCUGCUCGCGCUCUGGGCUCUCUCCGCCUCCCCCUCCGCCCUCUGCGCCCCGCUCCUCUCGCCUCUCUUCCCGCCGCCCCGGUCCGCAGCUGGCGGUCGCAACGGCUCGGCAGAUGGCGCACACGGCGCGCAAGGGGCGCGGGGGCUGCGGCUGGCGCACGGGGCGCACGAGACUCAAUGGGUAGACACGGAGGCGGGAGUGGAAGGAGUUCAUUUCUACGAAGCAGAUCGGUCGGGUGGAGUUGAAAGGGAUGGGGAUGGCGAUAGCGAGGUCGCCCGGGGAGCAGCGGAGGCAACAGCAGAGGCGCAAGCGCCCGCGCAAGAGACGGCGCGGUUCUUCCUUUACCGGCUGAUCGGCAACAACAUGGCGCCGCUGCAGUGCGCGGGGCAGCUGCUCCGCAACACGCUGUACGCGCUACAGCACGAGGCGCGCGCGCUGCGCGAGUGCCGGCGGCUGUGGGUACUGAACCACGUGGUGAACGGCACGGAGCGCGCGCUGCUGCUGGACGCGCUGCUCGCGCACGGCGUGGCGCCACAGGACAUUCUUGUCCGUCGGAUCAACUUCUCGCACAUCGCCACCCUUCCUGAGACCUCCUGGACCGAGGCUGUCACAGGUGAGGCGUUGACCGAGGCUGUCACAGGUGAGGCGUUGACCGAGGCUGUCACAGGUGAGGCGUUGACCGAGGCUGUCACAGGUGAGGCGUUGACCGAGGCUGUCACAGGUGAGGCGUUGACCGAGGCUGUCACAGGUGAGGCGUUGACCGAGGCUGUCACAGGUGAGGCGUUGACCGAGGCUGUCACAGGUGCGGCGUUGACCGAGGCUGUCACAGGUGAGGCGUUGACCGAGGCUGUCACAGCGCAGAACGAGGCGCGCAACUUCAUAUUGGACCAUGGCAAGGCAGCAGGGGCGCGGUGGGUGCUGGCGUUUGACGGCAACCAGUUCAUCACCACGCACGCCUGGGACCUCAUUCGCCAAGCUGCUCUCAGGCAUGAGAGGGCCGGGCUGAAGCUCUUCAAGGUGCCCAUGUACCGCGUGCACGAGGAGCAGUCGCCGCGCUGGCUGGCGGCGCGCACGCGCUUCCACGUGCUGCAGCGCUUCGCCCCGCAGAUGUGGGAGAGCCAAGUCGCCUUCCGCAACGACUCGCCUCACCGCUACACCGAGGGCAUGGCGUACGGGCGGGACAACAAGCUGGAGCUCAUCGACCGCGUGUGCGGCACGGGGCGGUUUGAGGAGGAGCAUGCGCUGCAGCGCCGCCAGCAGGUGGAGCAGCAGCGGCGCCAGAAGCAGGCGGAGGUGAAGCGGCGGAGGGAGGAGCGCAAGGAGGAGACAGAAGGGCGGCAGCAAGAGCAGGAGCGAGGGCGGCGCUUGUUGAAUGUGGAGUGCCGUGCAGGCAGCGGCUUCAGUAACUCAAGCACACAGGACUGCGUGGUAGGGGAGGGUGCAGCAGGAGAGGGUGCUGAGCUGCCCGCGCAGGGCAAGGGGGUGCUGCAGCAGCAAACGGGAGAUGUGGAGGGCAGGGCAGUGCAACAGCGGCGGCGGCAGCUACAGGAGGCGUUGCAAGCAGACACGGGGCAGUGCGGGUGCCACAGGGAGGUGGGGCGCGACCACCGCAUCAAAGAAGCAGACCCCGCGGUGGCGCACACGUGUGGGUACACGGUGCGGCUCUGGUACUUCCCUUGCCCCGGGAUGGACGGCAAGCGCAUCUUCGUGGAUAAGAAGUACCGCGCAGCGCUGCGGGAGGAGGGGCACCGCCGCCUGGCGCAGCAGAUUAGAGAGGCUGUGCGGCGGGCCGUGGGCCGUGGAGGGGAGGCGUCCAUACAAGAUGGCUAG